AGUUUUGUUUCAAACGCCAUGGACAAUUUUCCUGACGGGGUCUCCGCGCCAGACCUUACUACAUUGUCUUACGACGAAUCCGUUCCGUACGAAUCACAAGUUCCCACUCAUCCAUCCAAUGAUCCAGAGCGGGCCACGUUACUCAACCGCAUAGGGAACACCAAAGUGUACCUUCUCUCUGACACUGCCCAGGCAAGAUUUGCCAAGCGCAAGCACACAGAGGGGGACGAUGACGACGACGUAGAUAUGGAAGAAGAAACCACCCUGACUUUAAGAGCAAAUGCUUUGCUACUCACUGGCACCCCAAUUUCCCACCUGCCCACCACCCGGAUCUUUGCAUAUGCCACCCAUUUCGACACGCACCCCAUAGCCCUUGAAUGGCUCGACGACAAUAGCUGCAUCCUCGUUUAUGAAUCAACUGCCUCUGCGCGUACUGCACAUCGGUACCUCCAAAAAUCUGCUACAGAGGAUAUGGAUGCAGAUGGCUUCAUUACGGCAAAACCCAUUCCAAUUACCAUAUGGCCACCAGAAGAGCGAAUAACCAAGAGCCUGGGUAAAGGUCAAGGGCUGAAAGGUGUCAUACGCAUGCGUUGGGCUAAGGUCGAUGACGUGAAGAAGAAGGGUGCAAAGAAGGAAAGCGAGUUCUAUAAGAAGUAUGGAAAAACGGCCGGGAAAGAGGAUGAUGGAGGGGAAGUAUCGCAGAAGAGAAGGAGGAGAGAUGAUCCAACUGUACGAAGCCGGUUGGAUGAUGAUGCGUUUCUUGGAGCCGAUAGACCUUCCAAAAUGCGUUCCGACUAUGUGGGUGGGUCGUGCAAAACCAUGGAGCGCACGUCUUCUGCGUCCAAUUCUUCAGACCUAAAAAAUCGCAUUUCUGCGCCGUUGCCGCGCCGCGCGAGGGGUCAAUUUGCGGACCGAUUAGCUGGCUCUCCAACUGACACUGAAGAAGACUGGCGUAGAGCGAGGGGUCGAGGGAGAAGAAUUCCGCGCCCACAUAGAACGCAGCAAGACCUUGAUGAUGAGCUAGACGUUUUCUUGAACGAGAAGGAAUAGUACCUUCUAUGUGGGUCACCAUCUGUGUUCUUAGUGGUGUAAAAAUAUUCGCUUACAUUGCGUAUUGACUGUGUGUAAUUUAUGCUGUUGCUACAGGGCUCAUGUGGAGCGUGUUCUGUGGCGAAGUGGUGCGCAGUCGUAGCUUCCACCUGAAGAUUGCAUGUCGAAUGCUAAACA